UACUAUAAGCACAGGGGGAAAAAAGUGCUGGAGCAUGAUGUGUACAUAUGAUGCCCCCUUCACAUUUCUGACUGCCCCCUCAUAUAUGCCUGCCUACAACCGGCCCUGGUAAACCUCCUACACCCAAACAUGUAAAAGUGAAACUUAAGUUAAAGACCUCGUUGGAUCUCUGGAAUACACAACCAAAUUCCGCCUACAGCGCGGUAAAUUAAGGAGCAACAGCACCGUUCGUGUAAAGCAGGGAAGCUGUGGUUCAGAGGAGCAGAGAAUCAUUUUACCUGAAACAUGUCUUCAUCUGUAUCAUCUACGACGGGAGGUGUGGUGGUGGUCACCCAUGUACACCCAACGCCUCAGAGUGCUGAACCCACACAUCCUGUGGGCAUCCAGAAGUUCAGCAAGGGCCGGCCGAUGGCGCUUGGGACAGUUCAGAUCAUGAUCGGCCUGAUGAUUCUGCUGUUGGGGAUCGUUAUGGCGAUUAAUGCAGACACACUGGGAGUUUUCAGCGGCUUUUUCGUCUGGGGAGCUUUGAUUUACAUCACAGCUGGAUCUCUGACAGUGGCUGCUGGGAAAUCUCUGAACCGCUGUCGGGUGAUCGCCGCUCUGGUUUUUAGUGUCAUUGCAGCAGUUGCUGGCUGUGCUGCGGUCAUCCUCUACUCUCUGGAUGCUGUUAUUUGGAUGCCAUGCUAUCACUAUAGCUAUGGUUCCAGGAGUUGCCACUCAUCACAGACUCUAAGCAAGGGGGUUUCGGGGGUCUUGGCUGUUUUCCAUUUGUUGGCGCUCAUUGUUUCAAUCACCGUCGCAGCAUUUUGCUGCAACGCCACUUGCAACUGCGGUGAACAGGAAUCAUCGUACGUUCUUGUAACUACAAAUACUUCCGUGACUUCACAGGCUCCACCCAGUGCACCUCUCUACACAGACCAACAUCUACACCCAGAGGAAUCAAGAGACCCCACUCUGGCUCCGCCUCCACCCUACACCACUGUCGUCAACUGAAGAGUCUGUCCAAACUGACCAUCCUGUAUCAAAAUGCUCUUUUAAUGUUGACUGGAACCUAAUAUAAGAUGAGAAUCUAAAUUCAAUGUGUCAUUCAUAACCUGACAUUUGUAAAAUGUGACAUAAGACACGUGA